AUGGCGGGAGGCGGCAAUGUCAAGGUCGUUGUCAGAGUCAGAGGAUUUCUCCAGCGAGAGCGAGAUCGUGGCGCAGAAUGCCUGAUCGAAAUGGACCCAGAUACACAAUCGACGACUCUUCUCGCGCCACCGUCCAGUGACCCUGCCAACAAGAAGACACAGUCUCGGAAAAUCGUUGAAGAGAAAAGCUUCACUUUCGAUAAUUCCUUUUGGUCUCACAAUACUGAGGACGAGCACUAUGCAACGCAAGAGGAUGUCUAUAACUGCUUAGGAGAAGAGUUCCUGGACCACAAUUUUGAGGGUUACCACACUUGCAUAUUUGCCUAUGGUCAAACAGGUUCGGGUAAAUCGUACACCAUGAUGGGCUCACCAGACAACUCAGGGCUGAUCCCGCGAACAUGCGAAGAUCUGUUCCAGCGCAUCGAAGCCAGCGAGAGCCCCAACAUCAGCUAUAGCGUUCGAGUGUCAUACUUUGAAGUCUACAACGAACAUGUUCGAGACCUUUUUCAGCCACGCACCGACCCUCCACACUACCUAAAGAUCCGCGAGUCGCCUACCGAAGGACCCUACGUCAAGGACCUCACCGAGAUACAGGUCAGGAACUAUCAAGAGAUCCUCAAAUACAUGAGGCUGGGUGAUCACUCAAGGACAGUUGCCUCCACCAAAAUGAACGACACCUCCUCUCGAUCCCAUGCCGUUUUCACAAUCAUGCUCAAACAGAUCCAUCACGACUAUCGCACAGAUGAGACCACUGAACGCCUCGCUCGCAUACGACUCGUCGAUCUUGCUGGCUCUGAGCGUGCCAAAGCCACCGAAGCCACCGGGCAACGCCUGCGCGAAGGCGGCAACAUCAACAAGUCUCUCACAACGCUUGGCCGCGUAAUUGCUGCUCUUGCGGAUCCACGCUCCCAGAACAAGCGCAAAGCUCGCGACAUCGUACCCUACCGGGACUCCAUCCUGACCUGGCUUCUCAAGGACUCACUCGGCGGCAACUCCAAGACUGCCAUGAUAGCCUGCAUCGCGCCUUCUGACUAUGACGAGACGCUCUCUACACUUCGUUACGCCGACCAGGCCAAACGUAUCCGCACCAAGGCUGUUGUCAACCAGGACCACGUGUCUUCGGCAGAGAAGGACGCGCAGAUCAUGGAGAUGCAGGAAACAAUCCGUGCGCUGCGCUGGACACUGGACCAGCACCAGGAGCAGGCAAGUGCGCCAGUAAUGAAGGCUAUGCAAGAGUCGGCCGAAGCCCAGUCGGAGAAGAUACGCGAGUUCACAGCCAAGUACGAGGAUAUGUUGCAAAUCAUGGAAGAGAAACUGGCGAUUUCAGAAUCAAAAGUGAGGCAGUUGGAGAGCGAAAAGGAAGCGCAGGCUAUUCAUCUAAAUCUUGUUCUCGAGGAAUUGAGGAACCCUAUCCGUAUUCAGAGCGCUACCACUGUGGAACCCAAGGAGGAUCCCGUGGCCAGAAAGGAGCACACCAAGUCUGUGUCCCGACCAGGAACACCAGACAUGAUUUGGGAGGAUGAAGGCUUUCACAGCGAAGGUGCAGAAAGCGAUCUCGAGGGGGGUGCUCAUGACUCUGAAAUGCAGGCCGAAAUGGAGGCGCUGAUUUCGGAUCUGGGUCUAUUCAAGCGCAGAGUCGCUGCUGACCACGAAAUCUUUGGGAUCAAUGUCUGA